AUGGUUGGUAUUUACAGAAUACUUGCUUCGUUCGUCCCACUCCUGGGUCUUCUUUUUGCAUUCCAUGAUGAUGACAUGAUAGAUACUGUUACAAUCAUCAAAACUGUAUAUGAAACGGUGACAUCAACUUCUACUGCACCUGCACCUGCCGCUACAAAAUCUGUUAGUGAAAAGAAACUGGAUGACACUAAACUAACACUUCAAGUAAUUCAAACUAUGGUAUCAUGUUUUUCUGUAGGUGAAAAUCCGGCCAAUAUGAUAUCCUGUGGGCUAGGAGUUGUAAUCUUAAUGUUUUCAUUAAUCAUCGAGCUUAUCAACAAGCUCGAAAAUGAUGGUAUCAAUGAACCGCAAAGGUUAUAUGACCUAAUUAAACCAAAAUACGUCGAGCUACCUUCAAAUUAUGUGAAUGAAAAAAUCAAAACAACAUUUGAACCUCUCGACCUAUACUUAGGAGUAAAUAUGAAUACUUCAGGAAGUGAACUAAACCAAAACUGUUUGAUUCUCAAACUUGGCGAGAAGACGGCUCUGCCUUUCCCAGGCUUGGCCCAGCAGAUUUGUUAUACAAAAGGCGCUUCAAAUGAGUUCACAAAUUAUAAAUUAUCGGACAUACAGGGCAAUUUAAACGAAAACAGCCAAGGAAUUGCUAAUGGCGUUUUCCAGAAAAUAUCAAACAUUAGAAAAAUAUCAGGUAAUUUUAAGUCUCAGCUUUAUCAAAUUUCAGAAAAAAUCACCGACGAAAAUUGGGACGGUUCUGCUGUAGGCUUCACUGCUCAUGGGAGAGAAAAAGGCCCAAACAAAUCUCAAAUAUCGGUUUCAUUUUAUAGGGAUAAUUAA